AUGAGUAGUAAGAUCACUUUUUUUGAGGACAGGAACUUCCAGGGCCGCUCCUAUGAGUGCGACACAGACUGCCCUGACAUGCACCCCCAUUUCAGCCGCUGCAACUCCAUCAAGGUGGACAGUGGCUGUUGGGUGCUGUAUGAGAAGCCCAACUACACCGGCUACCAGUAUGUGCUGACCAGAGGAGAGUACCCUGACUACCAGCGCUGGAUGGGUUACAAUGACACCAUCCGCUCCUGCCGUACAUUCAACUAUACCAGCGAGGGCCCCUACCGCAUGCGCAUCUAUGAGCGACCCAACUUCCAGGGUCAGAUGAUGGAGUUCAGCGAUGACUGCGAGUCGGUGCAGGAUCACUUCCGCAGCCGCGACAUCUACUCCUGCAAUGUGAUGGAAGGCUACUGGACCCUCUACGAACACCCCAACUACCGUGGUCGUCAGUACUUCAUGAGGCCCGGAGAGUACCGCAAGUUCAGUGACUGGGGGGCCACCUGCGCAACCACCGGCUCCUUCCGCAGAAUCACAGAGUUUUAA